CAAGCUGACGAAGACUAUGAGGAUGACUUCGAUAUGGAUGGAUCACCUCCUGCACCGCCAAAGGAUGAGGUUGUAGUAGUUGCUGAACUUCAAGAAUUCGGUGGAUACUGGAACAUGAAUAAAGAGACUGCGAAGAUGCUGAAAGUUGAUUUAGGUCAACUCACCUCUUCAAAGUUGCCUGAAGCGAAGAACGAGAAGGUGUGGGCCACUCUUCUCGUGAUUGCCUACCUUCGCACUUGUCUGGCUUCGAAGAAAGACGAAUGGGAGCUGGUUGUGGAGAAGGCCAUUGAUUGGUUGACAAAUGACCAAGGCUGUUGUGAUAUUGAGGCUCUAAUCCAGAAGGCUGAGGCAGAGUUGAAAAAGCUUAUAAAGAAUUAA